AAACUCGACGUUUUUAAAGCCAGAAUAAAUUGGUAUCCGCACUUUACGGAGAGGAAACGGUACAAUGAACGGAACCGCUGUAAAUUACACGGAACUAUACAUUAAGGAGAAAUCUCACAACUCGACGCCAGACGGUCUGCCUCCCAUGCACAGCGGCUAUGAGAACAUCAUCGACAACAAAUGGAUACAAUCCACUUUUUGCGUUAUUUACACCAUCAUCUUCGUUCUAGGACUUCUCGGCAACAUCCUCGUAUGCUUCGUGGUCAUCAGGAACAAAGCUAUGCAAACCGUCACUAACCUUUUCAUCAGCAAUUUAGCUCUGUCCGACAUAUUACUUUGCGUGUUUGCCGUUCCCUUCACCCCGCUGUACACGUUCCGCGGCGCGUGGAGUUGGGGCUCCCUCUUAUGUCACAUAAUGCCUUUCGCACAGGGAUGCAGCGUAUACAUAUCCACGUUGACGCUUAUGUCUAUAGCAAUUGAUAGAUUCUUUGUGAUAAUUUACCCGUUCAGGCCACGAAUGAAGAUCGAGACUUGUCUCAUAGUCAUCGUCAUGAUUUGGACGUUCGCGGUGACCGUGACAAUGCCGUAUGCGAUUUUUAUGACGUACUAUGACCUAGAUAUAGGCAGAUUUUGUGAAGAGACGUGGCCGUCGGAGCGGUUGCGGCGAGUGUUCGGCUCAGUGACGUCAGUGUUGCAAUUCGUGCUGCCUUUUAUUGUGAUUGCUUUCUGUUACACGUGCGUCAGUUUCAAAUUGAAUGACAGAGCCAAAGCGAAGGCCGCCAGCAAAAAUUCUCGCAAAGAGGAGCUAGACAAAAAUAGAAAACGACGGACGAAUCAAAUGUUGAUAGCUAUGGUCACUAUAUUUGGAUUGUCGUGGUUACCUUUGAAUGUGAUAAACCUUUGCAAUGACUACUACAUGUACGCCAUUCACUUGAAAUACUACUAUUUGGUGUUCUUUAUGGGACAUGUUAUCGCGAUGUCUUCUACGUGCUACAACCCUUUCAUCUAUGCAUGGAUGAAUGAAAAUUUCAGGAAGGAGUUUAAGCAAUUGAUUCCCUGUAUCGAUUCGUCUGCAAACUUACGGGGUAACAUUCCAUUAGAUCAGUUGGGAGUUGGUCCUUCUGAGAAGACUUUUAAUGGCAAUACGACGACUGAUAGUUACUUGGGCUCUAGUUCCCAGCGGGCGACGUCUUUCCGACACAAAAGGAAGCCUAGCGCGGCCGCCGACGUUGAGAAAAGCGGAGUGGAAUUGAAUGAAGAUUUAUUGAAUGUUGAUGUGAAACAUUGUCAUAUUUCCACGAGCUAUAACCUUAGGCGGGAGUCGGUGAAGCUGAGGCUCAUCAAUGAGGAGUCAUUUGACGGGACGCCGACGCAAAGUCAAUUCUAACAGUUGGUGUCACGGGUGCGACGAUGGAAGCGUUCCCAACUUUGAAAAAGAGAAAUGUAGUUAGUCAUAAGAGUACCCGAUAUUUUUGGAGUGAAUUUAUUUUUUACUGAUAAUAUCUUUAACUAUUGCACAAACGACUACUGAAUUACGCUUAUCAAUUUACUAACCUUUAGAUAUUUAAUAAAAAACAAAUUAUUAUUUUAAUUUUAAAUCAAUUAACACCUCUAUCUUGAUCUAAACUCGCGUCGAUCGCGAUAAUUUUGAAAACGAAUGAAAAUUGGAUGGAUUCGUAAUGUCGUAAAUAGUCCCCAAAUGCCUUUUAUACUGCCAAUAGUGGUGUCCCUAGAACCUGCAUAGGAAUCGGCGAACUCAACCAUGAGAAGUCGAUACUUAAGGAAUUCUAGCCUGAGCCUUUUUGAAGAAUAAAGUAACCAAAUACCAUAAAGCUUUUUGCAGUUUAGGUGUUCUAAAAUACGCGUACAAAGGAACGAUAGGUUGGUAUCUUCAA